AUGGAGAAAAUCGAGGAACUGGACAUUGGUGAGCAUAGGACGCACCUGAAGAAAAGAGAUGACCAUUCCAGGGUGUUGUUGUCCGUGACAGAUGACCAGGACACGGACUAUAUCAAUGCCUGUUAUAUCAAUGGUUACAACGAACCAAAGAAAUACAUUGCUUCACAGGGACCCAAUGAUGUCAUCCUGAACGAUUUUCUGCGAAUGAUCUGGGAACAGAAGUCUGGGAAGAUCGUCAUGGUAACCAACUUAGUAGAGGCAACAAAGACCAAGUGCUGUCAAUACUGGCCUGAUGAAGGAUCAGAGAGUUUUGGUCUGAUCACAGUGACCUUACUGGAUGAGGAGAAUUACGCGGAUUUCACCGUGAGAACUCUGCAACUGACACACAUUACGAGAAAGCAGGAAAGUCAAACUGUGAAACAGUUCCACUUUACCGCCUGGCCUGAUCACGGUGUACCUGCGCACGCUACUGCGUUACUGGACUUCCGGGAUAAAGUUAACACUUGUCAGACACAAGUCAGUGGACCAGUUGUCGUGCACUGCAGCGCCGGUGUCGGGCGUACGGGAACAUACAUGGCUCUGGAUUACCUAAUCGCCCAGGCUCAUGACGAGGGAGUGGUGGAUGUGCCUGCCUGUGUCAGGCAACUCCGGGAACAGCGAGUUAACAUGGUCCAGACUCUGGAGCAGUACAAAUUCCUUCACGAAGCGCUAGCAGAAUCGUUAAAACUUGGAAGUACCAGUGUUCCUGGUGUGGAAUUCCCUCGUGUCUUUGUUGAAUUGUGUACCCAAAACCCAGAGACCGGUAUGACCAAGAUGGCGGAACAGUUCCAGUCUCUCCAGAGGCUGACAGCUCCCCUGGAUAAAGCCGUUAUCACCGCGGCACGUCAUCCGGACAACGUCUCCAAAAACAGAUCAGACAGAAUCCUGGCAGCGGACACGUGCAGACCAUACCUGUCAACUCCUGUACCUGACGGCAAUAACUACAUUAAUGCUGUAUACCUGCCAACGUUCAAAUCGAAGAGGGGUUUAAUCAUCACUCAUACUCCUCUGCCAAACACAGUUCUGGAUUUCUGGCGCCUGGUGUACGACCACGACAUAACUGUCAUCGUCAUGAUAGACUUGAUAGAGCGAGAUGAUAAGGACUCAGGAAUAUACUGGCCAUUGGAAGGAAAACAUUUUGACCCAUUUGUGGUGAAAGUCAAGGACAAACAAGAGUGCGAGGGGUUUUCCGUGUGGACUUACCAUUUGUCUCACAAGGACACGAAGGUAGCGCACCCUGUCAAGCAGUUCCGGUGUAACUUUUGGACCGGGGAUUCAACCCCAACCUCUAUAGCGUCACUGCUGUCCGUCAUAGAAGAGGCGACGAACUGGCAGCAAAACGCAGGCAACGUACCAGUUUUGGUACACUGUAGAGACGGCGUGACGAAAAGCGGUCUGUACUGUGUGGCCACCUCAGUGAUAGAGAGACUGAAGAUGGAUGAGGAAGUGAACAUCAUCCACACGGUGAAACAGAUGAGGGCCAACAGGCCACAAAUCAUCACAGACCUGAAUCAGUUCCAGUUCCUGCAUCAGGUGGCUUUGGAGUAUCUGGAGACAGCCCACACAUAUGCUAAUAUUGUCUAGAAAUCAUAUCUGUCGUGUUCUCACCGUGGUGUGUGGAUAGAACAUUGCCU